UAUGAAACGGGUUGGGUGUUGGAAUAAGGUUCUGGAUUUCUCCAGAGAAAUAUCUCUGCCCUCUUCUAUAACUUUCCACCAUUCAGCCAUUUGUUUCUGUCGCUGUGAUCAAUCAUCGCUUUUAGUUUUGCUUGUUUGACUCUCUGAUUUUUUAACUAGAGCAUUACUCAUCGGAAAUUAAUGGCCGGAGGGUACUUGCAGUCCAUCAAGAUGAAGAGGAAGGAGCUCGAACUCGAUGACGUUAGUGAUGAUUUCUCCGAUUUCUCUUUGUCUUCUCCUGCUCGAAAGAUUCGCCGACUGGACGCGGAAUUGCCGCCGAUAAUGGAGGAAGAAGAGGCGGAUAUUCAUCCGAUGCUCGGUGUUACUAGUGGUAGUGCAGGGCAGGCGCAGGAAUUGAGUUCACUGGGUUCAGGGUCCAACCAAGAGAAGGCUAUUGUUUUGUUCAAGCCUGUUAAUACUAAUCCUCUCUUACAUUCUCCUUCCAAUUUCUCUGUCUCUGUUGAUUCCAACUUCUUUUCUGGAUUUAAGAAUCAAUUUCUUCGCAUGAACAGCUCUGCUAACAUAAAACCAGUCGAGGAAGAAGAAGCAGCUAAAGAAUGCAUGGCUGUUGUUCCCUGGGUCCCUUCUCAGCUUCCGGUUGUCCAAUGCAGGGAUGUCUCACAGGCAGAGGCCCCAGAACUGAUGGAAGCUGAACAAGUUGGGGAAGCAACAAUGGAUAUUGAAGAGAAUAUUGGUGAAAGCAUAGAGCAAGAGCAUGGGAAUGAGUUAAGUGAAUUGAGGGGAACACAAGGCUUGCCUCAAUGGCAGCAACAACACUGCAUGAUGCCACUUCCCCCUCACAACGCCUCCACACCUAUCACAUGGUUCCGCUAGCAAGUAGUUAGCUAGAAUGUAUGCUAAUAGUGAUGAACCUCUUUUGUGGGCUCUUGGAGUCCAGAGUCCAUCAGUAGUAGGUGGCUGGUCUUGGACAAGGAGCCUUUUGCCUGUUGGUUGGACGAGGCACAUGGAUAGAAAAUGGUACUAGUGAUUUUUUUUUUUUUUUUUCUCUCUCUUUAUCAGGAAUAGCUUGUAAUGUGUAUAGUAUUAUGGCUUGGAAAUUCUAGUAGAUUCAUGCUUGACUGGAGUUCAUUCUAGUCCCUUCUAGCGCUUGUUGGGUAUACAUUUCAACUUUGUUUGCUA